AUGGCAUGUUAGAAAGCAUAGUCCAAAGAAUAUUGCUUUGUAUAGCUUGAAGAAAUAUGGAAACAAAGGCUACUAUAACAUAAAUUUGAAAAACAUGGCUUGGAAAUAAGAAAUUACGUAAAACAAUUAAAGUUAACGAUAAAAUAAUUAAAAUUUACAUUACAGUGUAAGAUGAUGAAGUUAAAAUGAUAAAAUUUACAUUAAAAUCUAAGAAACUGCAGUUGAAAUGCGAGAAAAUGCCAUUUCUGAUGGGCUUUUUGAUAAAAUUUGAAGGAAAAUUCUAAAAGACAAUGGAAAUUUUGACAUAUCUGGUCAUAUUAUAGUAGCCAAGACCUACAUUUUUAAAGCCGGUGGUUGUUAUGAUCUUUCGAGGCCAUUAAUAAUCUUAUAUGACUAAUUUCAGAAUCCCAAAACGCUCCAGACAGCCAUGAACAAGGUCGAUUCGUUCACAGAUUUGGUGGAGAUCCAGUAGGAGCAUUCAGGACAAAAACUGUCAAACCAGCGCCAUGGUCUGUAGCUCAUGCCUUAUUCUACGACCAAACUCAUGACAAUCCGGCUGCAGCUGAAAAGCGAACAAUUUAUGAUUAUCUGCCAACGGCCGCCAUGAUCAGCAUGACUUACUGUGCAGCGGCUUCGACUAGAGGAUACGAUGAGUUCAUUCCUUAUCAUGUAAGGGAAUUUUAGGUUUUUGGGAUGGAUUUUAUGGGAGAGAGGUAGAUUUUAUGGCGGAGAGGUAGAUUUUAGAGGGAGGGGUAAAUUUGAAGAAAAAGUUUUUUAGGUAACACUAAGUUUUAAAACCUUUUUUGUUAGGUAAUCAAGAAUUUGAGGAAAAAAAUUUUUUUUGAGUUUUUAGGUAACAAUUUAGAUAUUUUUUGCAAUUUUUUCAUUUUUAUAAAGUUUUUUUAAAUUUAUGUGUAAUGAACCUUCUCACCACCAAAAUACUGUUAUAGAUCCACGUAGUCAACGAGAAGCGCCCAUACCGAAAAUGGUCAGAAAUCCAAGCCAAUCCCAGUCUAAAAGGCCUAAUUCAUGCAAGGAAGAAGCUGAACGAUCUCCACGUCGAACUCUGUGAUCUAGGCUACUCGGAAGUGUUUGUAGACCAGUAUAAUGUGGACGUUGUAGCCAUCACAAGGCAUAAUCCAGUGACUAGAGAGUCGGUGUUGGUCAUUUCUCAUUGCUGCUUUGGGGAUUUUAAAUGGAAACCAGAUAACAGUGAUCAUAAGGGUAUUCCGGUGGAAGGUAGGGCUGUUUUUCAGUUUUUGAGGGUGUUUUUGGGCGUGGUAAUUAAGGUUUUUGGGUUUAAAGAGGGUGUUUCUGUUUUUUGACGGGUUAGAAAUGAAGAUUUUUAGAUUUAAAAGAAGUUUUAAGGUCAAAUAUGACUUUGUUUUUACGUUUAUAAGGACUAUUUUGGUCUUUAAAAUAAGGAUUUUUAAUUUUGAAAGGUUUUUUGGCUUCUAAAACCAAAAUUUUUAAAAAUUUUUUUAAAAAUUUACAAUGUUUAACAAUGUUUCAUCGAGUUACCUUCAUUUUAUACAAUUUUAGACACGAUAACAGAGAUUUUGUUCGAGUUAAAGACGGUCGAAGAUGGUUCAAAGCAAAAAGAAGCUCAAGAUGGAGACAAAGUACUAAGCGGAGUUCAGAACAUUGCAGUAGAAGUCUAUGAACAUGUACCAAUAGACAAGAGUUUGGCUGUUAAAAUUGAAAAUGGCGUUAUUAUGUUCCAAAAUUUCCCGUCUGGAUCGGUUAUUGGACUAAAGUAAGGGUUUGGGGAGGGGAAUAUGGAUUUUAAAUGAAUUUUAUUUGGAAAGUUUAAUUAAAAUGGCAAUAAAGGGUUGGAAUUUUGUUUUGACUGCACAGUGCAGUCAUAUUUUAUUUUAAUUUUUUAAGAUGAACUGUUGUUUUGAUGACUACCUGAUUGAUUUAUAGAAUAGUAUUAGAGAUCUGUGUAAGAAAGAAUUUUUGAAAAAUGUAAAAAAUGUCAUUUUAGGAUAGUACCAAAGCCUACAACUCUUCAAAGCUGCCAAGAAAUUGAUAACUUUGCCGCAAGUCAAAAACUAGCUGAUGAAUUACAAAAUGCUUUACUUGAAUUAGAUCUACAGUCUCUGAAUUACAUUUUGUUUUACUGUGAAGCGGAAGAAGGAACUCAAUUUGGCGCUGGAGGGUAUAAUAUUCCAGGUAUGUUGUUGUAGGCAAUUUUUGAAAAAGUUUUGGUUUUUAGAGGAUUAUGAAAGGUUUUCGGAGCUGAAUUUGGUAAAAACAUUAAUAUUAUGGAAUGCUUUUUCAAAAAAAAUUUUUCUUAUUUUGAAAAAAAAAAGUUUUUUUUGAAAUUUUUAAAAAUUUAUUUUCUUGACUUUCUAGGCUACGGAAACCUUGUCUACUGUGGCCUAAAAGGCGUAGAAGCCUUAUUAAGAAAAGUACAAGCCCACAAUGACCUAGGCCAUCCAUUAUGUGGCAAUUUGAGGUCAGGAACAUGGCUACCGAACUACAUUGUUGGCCGACUAAAGAGACUCGAAAAACUUCAAAAAGUGGCAAAUGUAUUCGAAAAAGCGUUCAAAUCCUUGGAUUCAAUGCCAUCUUUCUUGAGACCGUGCUAUUUUGAAGAGAUAUUUACAGUGUUAUAUCAGGUGGUCGAGACCACCGUGCUUAACAAACUUGGGUAGGUUUUUAGAAAAAUGAAAAUGGGGUUUUUAGGCCUUUUAUUGUAUCUAAAAUAUUAUUUUUGAGGCAAGUGUUUUCAAUUUGACAUUACAAAUGUGAUGAGGCUUUUAAAAAAGUUUUCUCGUUUUUUUGGUUGAAAAGUAAUAUAAUUUGACGGCAAUACUUUUUUGAAAUUCGAAAUAUGCUUAUAUGCCAUUUUUCGAAAGUAAAUUUUUUUGUCUGCUUUUUAAUGUCAUAAAAUGACAUUUUUUAGCUAGAAAUGUCAUGAUUUUUUAGUUUUUUAAUUUGCCAUUUCUUUUCAGCUACAAAUCAAUCCUCCCUCUAAACGCUGAAAUCGCAGAGCAACUUGCACUAGCCUCAAUUUCCCUUGUAUCAGCUAUCAAAGAUGCCCAACUUCCUCCACUACACGAUGAAGAAAAGAUCAAAGACGACCCACCCUCUCUAGCUGCUGGUCUACCUCACUUUUCAACCGGAAUCUGGAGGAAUUGGGGUCGUGACACCUUCAUCUCACUCCCAGGCCUUCUUCUAAGCUUGGGCCGGUUUGUCGAAGCCAGACAGCUUAUCUUGGCCUACGCUGGGACUCUCCGCCACGGCUUAAUCCCGAAUUUACUGGCUGAAGGCAAGGCGGCCAGGUACAACUGCAGAGAUGCGGUCUGGUUUUGGUUGGCUGCCAUUGUGAAAUAUGUUCAGAAAUCGGACGAAGCAGAUGCUUUCUUCAAUGCUAAGGUGUUGAGAUUGUACCCGAAUGAUGAUAGUGAGCUGACAACGGAUGUGGUGGGUUGGAUUUGAGGUUUUGGGGAGGUAGAGGGGUUGGAAAAGAGGGCUUUUAUAGGUUUUGGAGGGAAAGAUCGACGUUUUUAAGUGUUUUAAGAGAGAAAUUUUUUAGAUUAAUAUUGUCUAUUUUUCAGACCGAACCCCUCCACCAAACCAUCAUGACUGCCUUGAAUCGUCACUUUGAAGUAAUCGAGUUCAGAGAACGAAAUGCUGGCUCAAGAAUCGACGAACACAUGAAAGACGAAGGCUUCAAUAUCAACGCCAAAAUUUGCCAAGAAACCGGUUUAAUAACUGGAGGAAAUCAGUUCAAUUGUGGCACAUGGAUGGACAAGAUGGGAAGCUCGGAGAGGGCCAACAAUCGCGGACUGCCGGCUACGCCAAGAGAUGGAGCUGCGGUUGAGCUACAGGGCUUGGCUUUGUUUGUGGCUGAAGGACUGGCGGAGUUUCAUAAACAAGGGAAAUUUGAAUAUAAGGGUAGGUUUGGGUGGGAAAACUGAAGCAGUUAUUGGAUAUAAAAGAAGGUUUUGGUAAGAAAAGGUUUAUAAAUGGCGUUUUGUUUUGAAAUUUUAUGAUUUUUAGUGAAAUUAUAUUGUUAUAGGCCUAAAAACCUCAUCAGGACAAGAAUGGACCUUCACCGAAUGGGCUUCAAAACUACGUCAAAGCUUCUACGACAAAUUCUAUGUCCAACCAGAUUCACAAGAAGAGUUUGUGAACAGAAGAGAGAUCAUCAAGGACAGCUACGGCUCCACUUUCAAGUACACCGACUUCCAACUACGCCCCAACUUUUGUAUCGCUCUAAAAUACGUCCCAGACAUUAUUGAUCCGAAACUAGCGUGGAAAGCCCUGGAGCAGGCUUCACAGUACCUGAGAGCACCAUUGGGUAUCAAAACGCUGGACGAAAGUGACUACAACUACAAUGGCAAUUAUGAUAAUGAUAACGAUGGAUACGACCAGAAGAUUGCCAAGGGGUGGAAUUAUCAUCAGGGACCGGUAGGGGGUUUAUAUGAGUUUUAGGGCAUCUUACGGACUUUAAGUUUUUCAAAAUUUUAUGUUGCACUUUUAGCAUAAGUUCGUAUUUUACCUAGGAAUGGCAUCUUUUGUUACUCAAAAAUCAAAAAGUUUAUUUUUGUUACCUAAAAUUGAUAAAAAUUGAACUUUGCUACCUAAAACCGAUAAAAAUCGAUAUUUGUUACCUAAAACCAAUAAAAAUCGAUAUUUGUCAUCUAAAACCAAUAAAAAUCUAAUUUUGUUACCUAAAAUUAAUAAAAAUUGAACUUUUAUUAUAUUGUUCUAGGAAUGGCUGUGGGUAGGCGGCGAAUACUACAGUGCACGUCUCGCAGUAGCCAAUCUAUUAAAAAAAGAACAACCAGAAGCAUGGCAAAAGGCAUGUCAAGAAGUAAAGGAACAAGUUCAAGUCUACUCGAACUUUAUGAACAAGGAAUCGUCUUGGUCGUCGUUACCUGAACUGACAAACAGAAAUGGUGCACAUUGUCCACAUUCAUGUGAAAGUCAGGCCUGGAGCAUCGGAUGCUUCAUUGAAACGCUGGAGAUUUUGAACAAUAAUUUGGGGGAUUAG